GGAAGUUACAUCAAAUGUUGUCAUGGCGUCUCACAUGUAAAUCAACGAGCAUCUAAAAUUUGUUUCAGCAUUGAAUUAGGAAUUCUCAAGGUUGAAGUGAGUCAGCUGUCUCUCCAGCUACCAGGACCAAAACAAUGAGCACUCAGUACAGCAUUCUGUUCAAGCAAGAACAUGCACACGACGAUGCCAUCUGGACAGCAGCGUGGGGUAAAAGUGAGGCAGACGGCUCCGAAACCAUCGUCACUGGUUCACUAGAUGAUAUGGUGAAAGUCUGGAAAUGGUCAGAUGAGAAACUGGAGCUGCAGUGGACUCUGGAAGGCCACCAGCUGGGUGUGGUGUCAGUUGACAUCAGUCACAACGGAGCCAUCGCCGCCUCCAGCUCCCUCGAUGCACACAUCCGUCUGUGGGACCUGGAGUCUGGAAAACAGAUCAAGUCUAUGGACGCUGGACCAGUUGAUGCAUGGACCGUUGCCUUCUCCCCAGACUCAAAGUACAUCGCCACAGGAAGCCAUCUUGGCAAGGUCAACAUCUUCGGUGUGGAAAGUGGCAAGAAGGAAUACUCUCUGGACACUCGAGGAAAAUUCAUCCUGAGUAUAGCUUACAGCCCUGAUGGGAAGUAUUUGGCGAGUGGAGCCAUUGAUGGAAUCAUCAACAUCUUUGACAUCGCCACUGGAAAACUACUCCACACACUGGAAGGUCACGCCAUGCCCAUCAGAUCUCUCACCUUCUCUCCAGACUCCCAGCUUCUGGUCACAGCCUCCGAUGAUGGCUACAUCAAAAUAUAUGAUGUGCAACAUGCCAACCUGGCUGGCACACUGAGCGGUCAUGGAUCCUGGGUUCUUAAUGUCGCCUUCUCUCCAGAUGACACACAUUUUGUCUCAAGCUCGUCUGACAAGAGUGUGAAGGUUUGGGACGCCAGCUCCAGAGCAUGUAUCAACACUUUCUUCGACCAUCAAGACCAGGUGUGGAGCGUGAAGUACAACAGCAACGGCUCAAAGAUCAUCUCAGCUGGAGAUGACCGAGCCAUCCACAUCUACGACUGCCCCAUGUGAUGAAGGACAUCCAGGACAGACUGCAGGAGGAGAAGAUCUUCACAGGUGUAGACUCAAACCAUGGAGUUGAAGUUAUUUGGGCAGGGAGGGAAGGAGGGGCAGGAUUCAAGCUGUAAAUGUCAUGGGUUGUUUUGCACUGGCCAAGUAUGGUCAAAUAAAAGGGGGUUUUUUUUGUA